AAUAGACACUGCACAGCCACCAAGACAGAGAACUGAGGAAGUGGCAGAUGACUAACACAGCACUUGAAGAAUGAAGAUCCUACUGAUUUUCAAAUUUUGCCUGAUUAUAGCUGGAUCUGAUGCUGUAACUACAGUAACUGGAUACAGAGGAAGAUCAGUUCAGAUUAAAUGUCACUAUGAAUCUGGAUAUGAAGAAAACAACAAGUAUCUCUGCAGAGGUGAAUGUCCCGGAUGGCCUUCAAUCAAAGACAUUCCUGUUCAGUCUGGAUCUCCUGCUGAAGACACCAGAUUCUCUCUGUACGACGACACAACAGCCAAAAUCUUCACCGUCACCAUCACUGAUCUGAGAGCAGAGGAUGCAAACACUUACUGGUGUGUGGUACAGCAGAAAGGGCCUAACAUUUACACAGAGCUUCAACUGCUGGUUGUUGAUGAUUCCUCCAGCAGUUCUGUCUCAACUUCUACAAAUACCACAUACUCAGCUUCAUCACAUAUCAUGAGUCCAUCAGUGCAUACUGAGACACCUCCAGCUACAGCUGGAUCUGAUGCUGUAACUACAGUAACUGGAUACAGAGGGAGAUCAGUUCAGAUUAAAUGUCACUAUGAAUCUGGAUAUGAAAAGAACAACAAGUAUCUCUGCAGAGGUGAAUGUCCCAGAUGGCCUGCAAUCAAAGACAUUCCUGUUCAGUCUGGAUCUCCUGCUGAAGACACCAGAUUCUCUCUGUAUGACGACACAACAGCCAAAAUCUUCACCAUCACCAUCACUGAUCUGAGAGCAGAGGAUGCAAACACUUACUGGUGUGUGGUACAGCAGAAAGGGCCUAAUAUUUACACAGAGCUUCAACUGCUGGUUGUUGAUGAUCCUGCCAGCAGUUCACCACAUAUCAUGAAUCCAUCAAUGAUUACUGAGACACCUCCAGCUACAGCUGGAUCUGAUGCUGUAACUACAGUAACUGGAUACAGAGGGAGAUCAGUUCAGAUUAAAUGUCACUAUGAAUCUGGAUAUGAAAAGAACAACAAGUAUCUCUGCAGAGGUGAAUGUCCCCCUUGGCCUGCAAUCAAAGACAUUCCUGUUCAGUCUGGAUCUCCUGCUGAAGACACCAGAUUCUCUCUGUAUGACGACACAACAGCCAAAAUCUUCACCAUCACCAUCACUGAUCUGAGAGCAGAGGAUGCAAACACUUACUGGUGUGUGGUACAGCAGAAAGGGCCUAAUAUUUACACAGAGCUUCAACUGCUGGUUGUUGAUGAUCCUGCCAGCAGUUCACCACAUAUCAUGAAUCCAUCAAUGAUUACUGAGACACCUCCAGCUACAGUAACUGGAUACAGAGGAAGAUCAGUUCAGAUUAAAUGUCACUAUGAUUCUGGAUAUGAAGAAAACAACAAGUAUCUCUGCAGAGGUGAAUGUCCCCAUUGGCCUAGAAUCAAAGACAUUCCUGUUCAGUCUAAAUCUCCUGCUAAAGACACCAGAUUCUCUCUGUAUGACGACACAACAGCCAAAAUCUUUACCAUCACCAUCACUGAUCUGAGAGCAGAGGAUGCAAAGACUUACUGGUGUGGGAUCGAGCGGUCUGGGCCAUUAAGAGAUAUUUACACAAAGCUUCAACUGCUGGUUAAAAUGGUUACUCCAACAGAGAAGGUUCACCACAAAACCACUGCUCGCUCAUCCAAUGUAACUGGAUACAGAGGAAGAUCAGUUCAGAUUAAAUGUCACUAUGAUUCUGGAUAUGAAGAAAACAACAAGUAUCUCUGCAGAGGUGAAUGUCCCCAUUGGCCUAGAAUCAAAGACAUUCCUGUUCAGUCUAAAUCUCCUGCUAAAGACACCAGAUUCUCUCUGUAUGACGACACAACAGCCAAAAUCUUUACCAUCACCAUCACUGAUCUGAGAGCAGAGGAUGCAAAGACUUACUGGUGUGGGAUCGAGCGGUCUGGGCCAUUAAGAGAUAUUUACACAAAGCUUCAACUGCUGGUUAAAAUGGUUACUCCAACAGAGAAGGUUCACCACAAAACCACUGCUCGCUCAUCCAAUGUAACUGGAUACAGAGGAAGAUCAGUUCAGAUUAAAUGUCACUAUGAAUCUGGAUAUGAAAAGAACAACAAGUAUCUCUGCAGAGGUGAAUGUCCCCAUUGGCCUGCAAACAAAGACAUUCCUGUUCAGUCUGGAUCUCCUUCUGAAGACACCAGAUUCUCUCUGUAUGACGACACUACACCCAAAAUCUUCACCAUCACCAUCACUGAUCUGAGAGCAAAGGAUGCAAACACUUACUGGUGUGGGAUACAGCGGACUGGGCCAUUUAGAGAUAUUUACACAGAGCUUAAACUGCUGGUUAAAACGGAUGAUUCUGCUAACAGUACUGCUUCACCCAUCACACGCUUCACUUCAACAAGUCUAUCAGUGCAUGCUGAGAUCACACAUACAUCAUCAUCAUCAACAAUAACAGCAGCUAAUUUGCUAAAUGAUGCUAAAGACCCAACCAUCGCUUCUGUACCUCAGAAAUUUCCAACUUCUGCUUUCAUCAUUGCAGUAUCUGUGCUCCUAGAGCUGCUUCUUAUUGCCAUUUUAUUCACUUUCAGUGUACAGAGGAAAAAAAAGACGAUGACACAAGCCUCGUUUUCAGCCCUGUCUCCACACAGCUCCUCAGACAUCUUUAUGGUUCCAUGUCCUGUUUCUGAAAAUGAGGAGGUUUCAAACAGUCUUUACUCUGCUGUACAACUUCCCUCAACCCCGUCUGAGAUUUACUCCAACACUGGAUUACCCACAAUUCCCUCUGAUCCUUCACCACCUGUUUAUGCUGCAAUAAAACACCCAGGACAUCAGGACGUCUACUCCACAGCUCAGUUACCAUCUGAUUCAUCAGUCAGUGCUGCUCAGUCAUCAGAUAUAAAAUCAGGUGAAAGUAUAAAAUACGCAACAGUGAGUUUUAACACCGGGAACAUCUCAUGUGAUUAUGAAUCUGUUACCAUCACUGAAUGAGGCUAGUUAGAGUACAUCAUGUUGCUAAAAGUGUAUAAUUGUUGCCAAUUAGCUGUUAUGAGAGGAACACAACAUCUGUGUCAUGCUGUUACAUAGAAAUAAUUAAAUUUGGGGUGAUAAUAGUUGCAUGCCAUCAUCACACAAUCCUAUCACUCAGUUUUUUAUAGUA